AUGGAGUUGCACCCCGUCUUCCUCUCCCUGCUUUUCACGCCUCUUGCCGUGGCUGCCGAGACCUGGAAGGUCACCAAGUUCUACACCCAUUAUAUGGCCGAGAACAGUGGUACCGAGAACGGUACCUGGCCUGCAGGUUCGGAAUUCAACACCACUGUCUGCUUCACGCUGUCUCCCACUAGCGGGUCCGACCAGAAGAAUAUUGAGUGCCAGGGCACUUUCGCUCCUUUCACGCACGACACCUUAUGGCGUUAUUGUGACGGGGAUGUCCAUGCCUGGCGGCUCGAACCUGGACAUUUCGAAGCAGUGUCCAUGUGGGGGUUGAACAUCUUGCGCUCCGACGUAGAGGAUUCCACUGUCAGGACCACAUACGCGCAAUUCCAUAUGGUCAAUAAUGAGCCAGAAAACCCUCAAUCCUUCCUCACCUGCACGGAAGGCAAGCCAUUGGAAGGUUGGUCAUGUGCGCUCGACGGUCAACUUUCCGUCCCCUCUCCCGUCAGGUUUCCGCUCUACGAACGGCAGGCCCACGCCAAGCCAUUUAAGGUCAGUAAUUUUACGAUUGAUAGAGACACCGGCCGCAGGACAUUCUCUAUCACUGAUCCUAACGUGCUGGACUCCUACGACAUUGGAGGCAAGACGUUCCGGUCUAGCACUGAGUGCAAGCUGGGGCCCGUGGGCCAUAUGCUUAAGCACGGGAAUGAAGACUUCCUCAAAUGCGAUGACGAGUCUUUCUCCUUUAAACUUGGUCCCUCGAACGACACGAGGGGGAUGAGGGGGUUUCACUUGGAGGUCCGCCAUAACCUCCCGCUCGCCUCGUUCCAGGUGGACGUCAUCGCACCCUCUGAGUCUAUCAUCAGUGGAUCCGUCGAUCUAGAGUUCGGGAAGGACUUUAACUACGACUACAGCCGGCUUAAGCGAUCUUGCGCUCUUACACUGACGCGUGGAAAAGCGGAGGUCAAUGUCACGUCGCUCGCCGUCGCUGGCUCUUAUGGCUUGCCUUAA